AUGGAGCGCGACAAGCGAGCACGCGUGUACGGCGGCGACCGCGGCGACUACACGGACCCGCACCCGCGCUACCGCUACCAGUUCCACGUGACCGACCCGCGCACCGGCGACUCCAAGUCGAUGCACGAGCGGCGGGACGGCGGCGGCGUGGUUGGCGAGUACCGCGUGCUGGAGCCGAACGGCCUGGAGCGCAUCGUGACGUACACGGCCGACGACCGGCACGGCUUCCGGGCACGGGUGCGCUGGGUGCCGGCCGGCGCUCGCGCCGCCGGUCCGGCCGUCUCGCACCAGGAGGUGACGCAGUUCCACUCGGACCCGGUGCCGGCGCCGGCCGAGAAGCUGUUCGCCGUGACCGACAUGUUGACCUCGCUCGAGGCACAUGUGAAGCAGCUGAACACGGCCAAGGUCGGUGUCGACUCGUUGGAGGUGCGCCUGCAGACGCUGGAGGGCGCGGUUGGCUCGGGCCUGAGCUCGCUGCGCGCCAGCCGGUAG